AUGGCUACUCAGACAAUGAAGGCGGUUAACUACCAGGGCCCUUAUAAGGUCCAGGUUCAAGACAUUGAGCUCCCGAAGCUGGAACACCCUGACGACGUCAUUGUCAAGGUCACGACUGCUGCCAUCUGUGGCUCAGACUUACACAUGUACGAAGGUCGAACAGCAGCAGAGCCUGGCAUCACAUUCGGCCAUGAGAACAUGGGAAUCGUUGAACAGCUCGGCGAAGGCGUCACGCUACUAAAGAAGGGGGACCGUGUAGUUAUGCCUUUCAACGUCGCCGACGGCCGCUGUCGUAACUGUGAAGAAGGCAGAACUGCUUUCUGCACUGGCGUCAACCCCGGAUUUGCCGGAGGUGCUUAUGGUUAUGUCGCCAUGGGUCCCUACAGAGGAGGUCAGGCUCAGUAUAUUCGUGUUCCCUACGCGGACUUCAAUGCUCUGAAGCUCCCUGCUGGAAAGGAGCACGAGGCAGAUUUCAUCCUGCUCGCUGAUAUCUUCCCAACCGGCUGGCACGGAGUUGAAAUCUCAGGUUUCCGAUCCGGCGAAAGUGUUGCUGUUUUCGGCGCCGGCCCCGUCGGUCUCAUGGCCGCCUACUCAGCCGUUCUGCGCGGCGCCUCCAGAGUCUUUGUCGUCGACCGUGUUCCCGAGCGACUCCAAUCCGCGGAGAAGAUCGGCUGCACGCCGAUUGAUUUUAGCAAGGGUGACGCUGUGGAUAUGAUCAUCAAGGCUAACGAUGGAGAGGAGGUUGACAGAUCUAUUGAUGCUGUCGGCUACCAAGCUGUUGGCAAUAGCGGAGACAAGGAGCAGCCCAACAUUGUUCUCGAGAAUAUGAUUCGCGUCACAAGAGCUUGUGGAGGCCUGGGAAUUCCCGGCCUCUACGUCCCCAGUGACCCCGGUGCUUCGGAUGAGGCUUCGGCCAAGGGUAUGAUUAGUCUUAGCUUCGGCAAGCUUUUCGAAAAGGGACUGACUAUCGGCACUGGCCAAUGCAACGUCAAGUCUUAUAACCGAUAUCUACGUGAUCUCAUCAUUUCAGGCCGAGCCAAGCCCAGUUUUGUCGUCUCGCAUGAGAUCAACAUUGACGAAGCGGAAGUUGCGUACGAGAAGUUUGAUAAGAGGAUUGAUGGGUACACCAAGGUUCUUAUUCAUCCCAAUGGCGGUUUCUAA